UUAUUUCCGCUACAGUACGUUCCCGUCAAAGACUCUUGUUUUGACAUUCAAUGUUGCGCAUGCGCAGUUUGUGUUGUGUGAAGCGCCAUGUUCCAGUUUCAGCAUGUUUCCAAAUCAUCGCUGCUGUCACUGUACAUGAUCUGACAUUUACCGCACGGGAGCGGUCAUGAGCCCCAGUCCCAGCCCGGGCUCCCCUGUCCCGCUGACCCUCUCCCUGCAGAGGCUCUUCAGCCACGUGAAGAUCGAGAAUCUAAUAGCAGGGCUCAGUGGAGGGGUGGCGUCCACACUAGUGCUGCAUCCCCUGGAUCUGGUCAAAAUUAGGUUUGCAGUGAGUGAUGGGCUGGACGUGAGACCGAAAUACAACGGCAUUCUGCACUGCAUGAAGAGCAUCUGGCACCAGGAGGGUCUCCGGGGCCUUUAUCAAGGCGUCACCCCCAAUAUCUGGGGUGCUGGAGCAUCAUGGGGGCUCUACUUUUUCUUUUACAAUGCAAUCAAAGCGUACACCAAAGAGGGCCGACAGACGGAGCUGAGCGCUGCUGAACACCUGCUGUCCGCCGCCGGAGCAGGGGCGAUGACGCUUUGCCUGACCAAUCCAAUCUGGGUCACCAAAACCCGCCUCGUUCUGCAGUACAGCGCCGAUCCGUCUGGGAAGCAGUACAGGGGCAUGAUGGAUGCGCUGGUGAAAAUCUACCGGCACGAAGGGAUCGCGGGACUCUAUCGGGGGUUUGUUCCGGGUUUGUUUGGAACCUCCCAUGGUGCACUGCAGUUCAUGGCGUACGAAGAGCUGAAGAGAGAAUAUAACAAAUACAGAAAGAUGCAAUCAGAUGCUAAACUGAAUCCAUUAGAAUACAUUACUAUGGCAGCUUUGUCCAAAAUAUUCGCAGUGGCUACGACAUACCCAUAUCAGGUGAUCCGAGCCCGUCUGCAGGAUCAGCACAACACGUAUGAUGGAUUGGUGGAUGUCAUCCGGAGAACAUGGAGAAACGAGGGCCUGUUGGGGUUCUACAAAGGCAUGGUGCCCAACCUGAUCCGCGUCACUCCGGCCUGCUGCAUAACAUUUGUGGUCUAUGAGAAUGUGUCCCGCUUCCUCCUGGACCGGCACCAGUGAACUGAGAACAGGUGCGACUGCGACCAAACCGUCUGCCAUGGAGCAGAGCCGGACCUGGGAUGGGUCGUCCCGUCAGCGACAGUGUUUCGCAGCUACGGACGAGUCAUAAUUGUGAAUAGAGAGAAAUAAAACAACUGGAAAACUGAACUGCAUGAUGUCACGGAGUUCAAAGUGUAAUUUGUGUCGUCACUGCUUCAGAAACUGCUGAAACUACUGGUGAAUAUGGACAUGAGGGAUUGAUUAUGUGACUUUUUUUUCUUUUCUUUUUUUUAAAUGGAUGUAAGUUAUAUUCUCUUAAAGGCUGUUUGUUUUAUCUAAUUAAAAAGUGUAAAAAUCAAAACAA